AUGGCAUCUGUUUCUACAACUUUAGCAGUAAUAGGAAUGGUUUUAAUUUCUCCUGCUGUAAUACCAGCACUGGCUUUGGGGGUGAUGUUUUACAGUUUUUUCAACUCAGAACUGCCACCUGGAAUUGACCAACCCCUAAAGCUUCGUUUUUUCCAUUCAUGGAUGAUUACCUUCAUGAUAUGGGGAAAGAUUUUGGACAAGCUAGGGAUCUGCAGUGAUUUAAGCCUGCUGCGCCUUGUGCUAGAUGGAAUACCUACCUGGAGAGAUUCACAACUUCUUAUCAAAGAUCUCAAAGUAGAUGAGGUACCGUUGAGAAUUUAUCAGCCUAAAUGGCCACCUACCGGCAGAAGAAAAGGAAUUCUGUAUUUUCAUGGAGGCGCUGGCACAUUGGGGAGCAUUAGAGCCUUUGAAAGAAUAUGCCGACAUAUUUCCAAAAAAUGCAACUCAGUGGUUGUGUCUGUUGGUUAUCGUCUGGCUCCUGAACACCCCUACCCAGGGCAAUACUUUGAUUGUCUGAAUGCCACCUUAUACUUUAUGAGGAAUUUAGAAGAGUAUCAUGUGGAUCCUGGUCUCAUCAUCAUUGGUGGUGACAGUUGUGGAGCUAAUUUUGCAACGGUUAUUUGCCAAAUCCUGCUGAAUAGAAGAGAUCUCCCAAAAGUACGUGCUCAGGUCUUACUUUACCCAGGACUACAGGGCCUAGAUUUUCAGUUGCCUUCCUAUCAGCAGAAUGCUUUAGUCCCCAUAUUGGUUCAGAAGCUAGUUGUCUACUUCUGUUGUCGUUACCUCAACAAAGACCCAUCGAUUGUGGAAGAUAUCAUACAAAACUGCCACGUUCCUGAGAACAUGAAGUGGAAGUAUAAAAAGUGGAUAAGUGCUGACAUAAUUCCUGACGAAUUUAAGAUCAGAGGCUACGUACCACAGAAAUCCAUUUGCUAUAAACCUGAAGUCCAUGAAGCAAUCAAAGAAAUUCUAACAGAAACAUUUUCCCCACUCACAGUUGAAGACUCCAUCAUUGGCCAGCUGCCUGAAUCCUACAUUGUGACUUGUGAGUUUGAUGUGCUCAGGGAUGAUGGCCUGUUAUACAAGAAGCGAUUAGAAGACAAUGGUGUUCAAGUAACCUGGUAUCAUUCUGAGAGUGGUUUCCAUGGAAUUUUAGCCCUUUUUGGCUAUGGGAUUUUUUCCUUUAGAUCUGCAAAAAAGAUAAUGGAUAACACUGUGAAAUAUAUAAACAGUUUAUAA